AUGGUAGCUACACGUCGUUCAGCAUCGGGCUCUCAGGCUGCACCCAAGCAGGAGUCAGGCACGAAACGCGAAGCGCCAGCUUCAAAGCCCGCCAAGUCCGAGCCGGACACCAAGAAGCCCAAGACCACCUCGUCCAAGGAUGCCAACGCGGUCCUCUCCGAGCAGCAGAGCAAGCUCGAGUCGUACCACGACGCUCUGACCUGGCUUCACUCCUCGGCGGCGUGGAAGCUGGCGCACCCUGACGUGCCCGAAGGGAAGGGCGAAACCGACCUGGCGGCUGAAGGUGGGGAAACGGUGCGCACGCCUCCCGAGCCCUACGAGAACAAGCGUCAGGGCGCCAAGGACGCUGGCCACCUCAGCUACCCAAACAGCGACCUGACAAGCUUCCAGACGCUCCUCUGCGCCAUCCUCCUCAGCAAGCCCAUCUCGCACACGCUCGGUCUGCGGGCGAUCGAAACGCUCUUGAACAAGCCAUACUACUUCCAUACUGCGAAGGACCUGAUUGACGCGGGCAACGAGGGGAGGCGCGCCGCGCUGUGGGAAGCUAGGACCCAGCACAAGGAAAAGACCGCCGUCCAGCUGGGCAAUCUCGCAGAGGGCAUUACGAAGCUCUGUGAGGGUGCCGGAAAAGACGGGGAGGACACCCUCAAGCCCAUCCUCGACAAAGCACUCGACCAGGCCAAGGACAAGAACAACUCGUUCGACGUCGCAGAGGCUGUCAAGAGCGUGUUGACCAAGGAGGUCAAUGGAUUGGGCCCUGGAGGCGUGGAGAUCUUCCUCCGUCGCGUUCAGAGUCAGUGGCCACAAGUAUUCCCUUUCGCUGACGAGAAGGCGCUCAACACUGCGGUCCAAUUCGAUCUCAUCAAGCAGAGUGAUCUGGACAAAGGACGGGAGGCGGCGACGCAGAAGCUCGCAGAAAAGGUCGCAGAGCACGUCGGAUUCCCCUUGGAGGACGCAAAGACGGACGAUGAGGAGGGCGAGUGCGGACGAUGGUGGUUCGUCAGGACGCUCGAUGUGCUCAUUGGGCUUGAUAUCGAGAAGAAGGUCGACGAGGCGGUCAAGCAGGCCAAGUCGGGAUAA